ACUACCGUCACAGCCACUCCCCAACUUGCUUGGAAAAAAACAGGGUUGACAACACAGAGAAAGAAAAGAAGAGAGGCCGCCUCUCUUGCUCUCUCUAAAAAGAUUUUCAUUUUCCCUCUCUCUCUCUCUCUCUGUCUCUGGAAACAGACCCAGAAGUUUUGAACUCCGUUUUCAGAUCAUGUUACGAGCAAAGCAUAUUGGUAACCUCUCAAGUAGUGCAAGGUCAUUUUUAUUUAGUGGGUCACGAUGUAGCGCAUCAGACGGAAAUUCAUGCACGUGCCCUGAAGAUGAGUCCUGUGUUUCCAGAAAGCGGAGCAUAAGAAAUGAAGUUCUGUCCAAAUCCUCAGGUAGGGGAACCCUGGCGUUGGGGACUGCAUCCAAAGCUGUUGGUUCUCAUGAAGCUGAGAGAGCACCACAGCUUGUCUCUAAUCCUAUUCCUUUGCAUAGAUCUGGCAAUGUAAAUUAUGAUGUCAACAUUGAGGCUGUUCAACUUGAUGGGCAGGCAUCAACCCCUAUUUCUGACCAAUUUGUUAAAGCUGGCAUUGCAGCUGUGUCAUUCUUGUCUGACAUGAUGAAUUAUAAGCUUCCUUUAUCAGAUGGGGGUGUAAUGUUAAGCUUACCGAAAAACUGUGUGGUUGAAUCAUCGAGGCAACUUCCAAAUAUAAAAUCUCCUGCUGUCAAACCUGUCAAAAGAGAGAACUUUGCUAAAGUCUAUCCAAAACCAUCAUCUGAAAUAGCAGCAGGGCCAAAAUCAACAGUUAGCUACCAUGGUAUGAAAGAUAGAGGUAGCAAGCCCAAUGUUCGAGGUUACAAGCGAGCUUCAAAUGCUGCAUCAGUAGGUUCAUCUGAAACUCAUAGUACGACUGCAAAUACUGGUGAUAAGGAGAAGCCUAUGCCACAGAGAGUGAAAGCUCAUUCUCAUCGCUUCAUGUCAAAUUUUAACUCCAGUGUACUACCUUCAGAUGCAAAAUUUUCAGAUUCUGGCACAGAAGGUUUUAAAAAAUCCUUUAGGGACAUGAAAAUGCCAACAGGAGUUGUUCCUAUGACCAGGCCUUUGGCAGGCACUCGGCAUGUCACUGAAAGUGUUUCCCACAUAUUGCAACAGCUGAACUGGGGUCCUGCUGCUGAACAGGCACUUGAAAAUCUCAACUUCUCAAUGGAUGCAUAUCAAGCGAACCAAGUACUGAAGCAAAUACAAGAUCACACAGUUGCUCUUGGCUUUUUCUAUUGGUUAAAACGGCAGGCUGGAUUCAAGCAUGAUGGUCAUACAUACACCACCAUGGUGGGUAUCCUUGGUCGUGCAAGGCAGUUUGGGGCAAUAAAUAGAUUACUUGAUCAGAUGGUGAAGGAUGGAUGUCAGCCAAAUGUUGUGACAUACAAUCGUCUUAUUCAUAGUUAUGGACGUGCAAACUACUUGAAAGAAGCUAUCAAUGUGUUCAAUCAAAUGCAGGAAGCAGAUUGUGAACCUGAUCGUGUCACAUAUUGUACUCUUAUUGAUAUCCAUGCCAAAGCUGGGUUUCUUGAUGUUGCUAUGGACUUGUACCAAAGAAUGCAAGCAGUUGGCCUUUCUCCUGAUACAUUCACUUAUAGUGUGAUAAUCAACUGCCUUGGAAAGGCAGGGCACUUACCUGCUGCCCAGAGGCUGUUUUGUGAGAUGGUUGGUCAGGGUUGUGUUCCUAAUCUAGUUACCUACAACAUCAUGAUUGCUUUACAAGCAAAGGCUAGGAAUUAUGAGAGUGCAUUAAAACUUUAUCGUGAUAUGCAGAAUGCCGGAUUUGACCCUGACAAGGUUACAUACAGCAUAGUAAUGGAGGUGCUUGGACACUGUGGUUAUCUGGAUGAAGCAGAAUCAAUUUUUGCUGAGAUGAAAAGGAAAAACUGGGUGCCUGAUGAACCUGUUUAUGGUCUGCUAGUUGACUUAUGGGGAAAGGCUGGUAAUGUGGAAAAGGCUUGGCAGUGGUAUCAGGCCAUGCUACAUGCAGGGCUGCGUCCCAAUGUUCCUACUUGCAAUUCUUUGCUCAGUGCUUUCCUUAGAGUGCACAGGUUGUCAGAUGCUUAUAACUUGCUCCAAAACAUGCUGGCUUUGGGUUUAAAUCCUUCUUUGCAAACUUAUACCUUGCUCCUAAGCUGUUGUACAGAAGCCAGGUCACCUUAUGAUAUGGGAUUUUGUUGCCAGCUCAUGGCAGUCACAGGUCAUCCUGCACAUAUGUUUCUGUUGUCCAUGCCUUCAGCAGGACCUGAUGGUCAAAAUGUGCGGGAUCAUGUGGGUAAGUUCUUGGAUAUGAUGCACAGUGAGGAUAGAGAGAGCAAGAGGGGACUUGUGGAUUCUGUGGUGGAUUUUCUUCACAAAUCAGGGCUCAAGGAGGAGGCUGGAUCUGUUUGGGAGGUAGCCGCACAGAAGAAUGUGUAUCCGGAUGCUGUUAGAGAGAAAAGCUCGUGUUAUUGGCUGAUCAACCUUCAUGUGAUGUCAGAUGGUACUGCUGUAACAGCACUGUCUAGGACACUUGCCUGGUUUCGCCAGCAAAUGCUAGUGUCUGGGAUCAGUCCCAGCAGGAUUGAUAUAGUGACUGGAUGGGGGCGGCGGAGCAGGGUUACAGGAUCAUCACUUGUGAGACAGGCAGUUCAGGAUCUUCUCAGUAUUUUUAGCUUUCCAUUUUUUACGGAGAAUGGAAAUUCUGGCUGUUUUGUGGGGUGUGGAGAGCCUCUUAACAGAUGGUUACUUCAAUCAUAUGUGGAGCGGAUGCAUUUACUGUAGUUUGCCAUCAUUGUAGCAUAAACAGAGUUUUGUUGCGGGAACUGGAAGAGGUUUUGUGUAUAUCUGAAUGAUUGCAGCUUUUUAAAAUAUAAUGUUAAAUGAGGAGCUGAUGCCAGCUUUUGAUUGUGUUA